GCUCAACAUAUCACCAGGAUUUCAUAUCCUUCCAUCGCUGUCGGUUGAUGAUUCAAAAUCAGACGGUCUCCUUCUUGACCUUUUGACGAGGCUCAGUGGAUAUGACCACUAUCGACCGGCCAGACAAUUAUUUCCAGACUGACACUUCUCUAGCAGAAAAUGAUCGCAAAGCUAGGAAAGCUGCAAACACACAGGGUCAGCCUGUGCGCUUUGGCUCCAAGAUCCUAGAUGUUCUAGUCAAUUAUGCUUUUGACCCUACAGGGGAUGUGGUCUUUGUCGCCGAGGCCGCUGGUCAAGUCACGGCAUUGAAACUGUCGACCAACGAGUUUUCGACGACCCUCAAAGGGCCACGAGCUCCCCUAACUUGCCUUGCCGUCCAUGCUCAAACCAAUGCUACAGAUCCAUUCACCUCCAUGAGACUAUUUGCCGGAUGUUGGGACAAAUCGAUCUGGCAAUAUGUCAUUCGCAUCGCCGAGGAUAUUCCAGCUGGUCGGACUGUCACCGGCCAGACUUCCUUCCCAGCACAUCAGGAUUUUAUCAAAUGCCUACUGGUAGCGUCAACUCCUGACAAAGAAGAUAUUUUAAUCUCCGGUGGAGCAGAUGGUGAUAUUCGGUUCUGGUCGUUGGAUGGUCGUUCAUUGGGAUUCUUGAAACCUGAUUCGCGUGGGAUUGAGCACCUUGCGAUCGAUCCUCUCUCUUCCCCAGACAAAACAUCCGUGUUUUUCUCCACAUCAAAACGAGACAUCUACCAUUUCACUUUACCGGAUUCCAGUCAGCUUAAUUCCAGUGGGAUCAAGCUAUCUGGCCCGAUUCUUGCACACGAUACUAGUGUGUACAAAUUACAUUUCGACGAGGACGGUGACCUGUGGACGGCCUCGGCAGACAAGACUGUGAAACAGCUGUCCCGGAAUCGGAAUUGGGAACCAGACAUGACGCUUCUCCACCCCGACUUUGUACGUGAUGUUGUCACACAUGAAUCAUAUGGUUGGGUCAUUACAGCAUGCCGAGACGAACAGGUACGAGUGUGGGACAAAGCCACGGGAAAUCUCCAUCAUGUAUUUUCAGGUCAUUUUGAAGAAGUGACGGGGCUGGCCGUGAUUGACGAUUUGGUCAUCAGCGUCAGUAUUGAUGCAACGCUGAGAAGAUGGAGUCUAGAGCCGGCAGCAUUACGCAAAGCGGUGGAGGAAGCCAAGAAUCCCCAGCUUCUCGAACAAGAACCAGAACCAAAGAGUGAUCUGCCCAUGCUAACAGAGGAAGAAGAAGCCGAGCUACAAGCAUUGAUGGAGGAGGACGAGAGUGAGACGCUGGAGCAGAUGGUUGAGGAUGUCCCAAUCACUCGCAAUUGAUGUAAACUUCCUCCUCGUAGCUAGCUACAUCUUUCUCUCUCCAGCUUCAGAAAAC